AUGGAAACUUCAGAAAAUACGGGAGCUUUUCGCCCUGCUAGAAUGUAUAGAAACUGGAAUCCAAACCGAGAAGCUACUGCUCCAGAGGACAAUGCGUUGGGAAGAUUGCUUGAGAUCAAGGAAAACAUUAGAGCUGAUGAAUUAUAUGAUUUUCAUAAAACUACUGAUCGGAAAGAAAGGAUAGGUUUUCUGCUUAAUAUGCAUGCGACAGAGAUGAAAGAUGAUAAGCAGGUGCUGAGUGGUGUAGAUUAUUAUUUCAUAGAAGAAGAUGCCACAAGAUUCAAGGUAUCCUUGCCUUAUUCUCCAUAUUUCUAUAUUUUAUGCCGUCAAGGUACAUUUGUGGAAGUAUCAACAUUUUUAUCUAAGAAGUACAUCGGAAUUUUGACAAAGAUUGAAACUGUUUAUAAAGAAGAUCUUGAUUUGCCCAAUCAUUUGAUUGGUUUGAAACAAAAGUAUCUAAAACUUUAUUUUGCUAAUAUUGUUGAUUUAACAAAAGUUAAGCGUGAUAUCAUGCGUGCUGUUAAAAUUAACAGAGUACGGGAGAAAAGUAAUACUCAUUAUACAAAUAUGUUAGCAACUACAUUACAGUCUACUGAACAAGGUAAUAGUAGGCAAAAUUUAGAUCGCAUGGACAAUGUUCUUGAUAUUAGGGAACAUGAUGUACCUCAUCAUGUUCGAGUAUCUAUAGAUGCUAAUAUUUUUUGUGGAACUUGGUAUUCUGUAAAAACCAAUGGAAGUGAUCCACCUAUAAUCACACGAAAAGAAGAUAUUAUUGAACCACCUGAACCUAUUGUGUUAGCAUAUGAUAUUGAAACUACAAAAUUACCAUUAAAAUUUCCAGAUGCCAAUAUUGAUCAAAUUAUGAUGAUAUCAUAUAUGAUAGAUGGACAGGGAUAUUUAAUAACAAAUAGGGAACUGAUUUCAUCAGACAUACGAAAUUUCGAGUAUACACCAAAACCAGAAUUCGAAGGUCCUUUCAUGAUAUUCAAUGAACCUAACGAGAAAGCAACAAUAACGAGAUUUUUCGAUCAUAUCAACGAAACAAAACCGCAUAUAUUUGUAACGUAUAACGGCGAUUUCUUCGACUGGCCGUUUGUUGAAGCCAGAGCAACCAUACACGACAUAAGUAUGAAAGAAAGAAUUGGUUUCUCAAAAAAUCGCGAUGGUAUCUAUGUUAGUAGAGCUGCUAUGCAUAUGGAUUGUUUAUGUUGGGUAAGACGCGACUCCUAUCUCCCGGUAGGAUCUCAAAAUUUAAAAGCUGUCGCUAAAGCUAAGUUGAGGUAUGAUCCGGUAGAACUCGACCCGGAAGAUAUGUGCAGAUUAGCAUCAGAGGAACCAGAAGUGCUUGCGAACUAUUCCGUCUCCGAUGCUGUAGCAACGUUUUAUCUUUACCAGAAGUACAUUCAUCCCUUUAUAUUCGCCUUAUGUACUAUUAUCCCUAUGGAACCGGACGAAGUACUGAGGAAAGGGUCUGGUACGCUAUGCGAAUCACUUCUAAUGGUACAGGCUUUUAAAGCUAACAUUAUAUUUCCAAACAAGCAGGAAACCGAACUGAAUAAAUUGACCAAAGAUGGUCAUUUAUUGGAUCAAGAAACGUAUGUUGGUGGGCAUGUGGAAGCCUUGGAAUCUGGUGUGUUUAGAGCUGAUAUCCCUUGCCGUUUCAAGAUUGUGCCGAGUGCGGUGGACGAAUUGAUCAACGGUGUUGAAAAUACCUUGAAACAUACAAUACAGGAAGAGGAGAAAGUACCGAUUGAAAUGGUGACGAAUUUUGACGAAAUAGCGAACGAAGUUAGAGGGAAAUUAAAAGAGCUCAGAGAUCAACCUCUGAGGAUAGAAAAUCCUGUCAUUUAUCAUCUGGACGUAGGCGCUAUGUAUCCGAAUAUUAUCCUGACUAAUAGAUUACAACCUUCCGCGAUCGUGAACGAGAUGGAUUGCGCGGUAUGCGAUUAUAACAAACCUGACGCUCUUUGUCAAAGAAAGAUGCAAUGGAUGUGGAGAGGCGAAUAUUUGGCUGCGAAUUUGGGUGAGUAUCAAAGAAUAAAGCAGCAGUUGGAGACUGAAAGAUUUCCACCGCAGUUCCCUGGUGGCUCUAAAAGGGCAUUUCAUCAGUUGACUGCAAAAGAGCAAGCCACAUUUGAAAAGACCAGGCUCACCGAGUAUUGCAAGAAGGCUUAUAAAAAGGUCAAAAUUACGAGAACGGAGGAGAGGACGCAAACAAUCUGCCAGAAAGAGAAUUCGUUUUACGUAGACACCGUGAGAGCGUUCAGAGAUAGAAGAUACGAGUAUAAAGCGUUAACUAAAGUUGCUAAACGGCAAGUAGCAGCGGCUGUGACGGAAGGAGACGCUGCAGAAAUAAAAUCUGCCAAGAAUAAAGAAGUCCUGUAUGACUCUCUUCAACUCGCUCAUAAAUGUAUUCUCAAUUCUUUUUAUGGUUACGUUAUGAGAAAAGGAGCCAGAUGGCAUAGCAUGGAAAUGGGCGGCAUUGUGUGUUAUACAGGUGCCCACAUUAUUAUGCGGGCUAGAGAAAUAAUCGAGAAAAUUGGUCGGCCAUUGGAACUGGAUACCGACGGUAUAUGGUGCAUAUUGCCUGCAUCUUUCCCAGACUCAAUUGUAGUUCACACUACUCACGAGAAGAAAUCGAAAUUUACGAUCUCUUAUCCGAAUGCCGUUCUCAAUUUCAUGGUGAAGGAUCAAUUUACCAACGACGUAUACCACGAUCUCGUAGAUAAGGACAACUUAACGUACGAGAUACGGAAUGAAAACUCGAUAUUUUUCGAAGUCGAUGGUCCGUAUUUGGCGAUGGUGUUGCCCGCUGCCAAGGAAGAAGGGAAGAAGCUGAAGAAACGAUACGCCGUUUUCAACUUCGAUGGUUCGCUGGCCGAGCUGAAGGGGUUUGAAGUGAAAAGGAGAGGUGAAUUGCAACUCAUCAAAAUCUUUCAGGCCUCCGUGUUUGAGUCUUUCCUGAAGGGCAACACACUGGAGGAAUGUUACGCAUCAGUCGCGAAGGAUGCAGAUUAUUGGCUUGAUUUAUUGUACAGCAAGUGCGCGAAUAUGCCUGACUCUGAAUUGUUUGAGCUGAUAUCUGAAAAUAAAUCGAUGUCACGCAAGCUGGAGGACUAUGGCGCUCAGAAGUCCACGUCGAUUUCUACCGCUAAGAGACUAGCCGAAUUCUUAGGCGACGAAAUGGUCAAGGACGCGGGCUUGGCUUGCAGAUACAUCAUAGCGAAUAAGCCGCAAAGCGCACCGGUCACCGAACGUGCGAUACCGUUGGCCAUCUUUCAGUCAGAACCAGCUGUGCGAAGACAUUAUCUGAAGAAAUGGUUGAAGGAUCCUACUUUAUACACCGACGACAUCAGGGAUAUUUUAGAUUGGAAUUACUACAUUGAGAGACUCGGCAAUACUAUCCAGAAGAUAAUCACUAUACCGGCAGCGAUGCAAGGUUUAGCCAAUCCGGUUCCGCGAGUGCAGUAUCCACCUUGGUUGCACAAGAAAGUAAUGGAGAGAGGUGCGUCCCAUCGUCAGAAGAAGAUCACCGACAUCUUUACCAGAACAAUCAAAAAGACGACUUCUGACAGCGUCGACGAGGGGUCAAGUUCCAAAGAAACCCGCGAUAUCGAGGAUUCUGCGGGACCGUCGUGUGGCUCCAAGAAGCCAUCGACCGUGCCGAUCGUCAACAAAAGAAAAAGGCGGCCAUCCGAAGAAGAAAAUGAAGCGAUUAAGAGUAGAAGUUGGAAAGAGGCUUUGGGAUCACCUCCUCCCAGGGGGAAGACCAAAGAAGAGAGGAUGAAAUGGUUGGAGUUUCACAAGAAGAAGUGGGCCUUCCAGGCUAAACAAAGGCAUCAGCAUCGACAGAAAAGAAACAGAAUGAUGUCUGACGAGAGCGACGGGGGUGUCUGGGGAGUUAUACGGAAUGCCAAUACGUCUACCAUGGACGGCUUCUUGAGGCGCGCUCAACGAAAGCUGCUGGAGACUCCUUGGCAGAUCAUUCAGUUAUCGGAAACUGGCGAGCCGGGUAUGUUCCGUUUGUGGAUAUUAGUCGAGGCGCAGUUGCAUCAAGUGCGUCUCGUGGUGCCGCGUGAAUUUUACGUGAAUACCCGCAAAGCGAGGCCUGAUCCGGGACCUAACGAGCUCUGGAGGAAGAGCUUUAAGUCUUUACCACGUUCCCGUCCCGUGUACAACCUGUAUCGAUAUUCGCUGCCGGAGUCUCUCUUCCAAGAGCACAGCCGGGAACUCCUCGAGGACCUGAGCAAACCUGAGAUUGAAGGCAUUUACGAGACGCAAAUGUCGCUAGAAUUUCGAGCCAUAUUGCAGCUGGGAUGCGUGUGCAUGGUUGACCUACGCGCCGCGCGCAAAAUGGCAGACGGUGCCGACACCUUCUUGUUGGACCAGCUGGAAUUCAAGAGCAUCGCCUUUCAGCCGUACCUCAAGCACACAGAAUCGGUCAGCUAUAUAUUCCUUUAUCAUCACUGGAGCUCCAACCGUCAAAGAGCACUGUGGAGCUUAUUCCUAAGCGCCAGCAAGAGAGCCUAUGUCGUCGUCUUAGACUCUGUUGCUUCUAAUCAGAUGCCGAACUUGAAUACCUUGUACACUCAAGAACGCAACGCAAUGUUGGCGCAGGAAGACGAGAGCAAGAUAAGCAAACUGCCCAAAACCAUGCAGUUCGUGGUACAGGGUGAAACGAAUUUCCAGCAAGUAUGCCGCACAUUACAGGCGGCUCUGACGGCGUACAAGAACGAAGGUCACGGAGCUACGAUCAUCAUUAAUCAGACCGCUAUGGACAAGGUGAUGCUGACUGCGGAAAUGCCGCUGCUCAACGAUUUUCCCAUCGUGAGCACGCACGUGCAGGAUGUCGAGAAUCUGUAUAACAUGCUGGAGUGGCAGAAGAUCGGCGCGAAAAUGAUGGUCAGGCACUAUUUGAAGAGUCAGCAAAUCAUCGAGUUGAUGGCGGAACAGUGUCGCUUCUUUCACGCGCCCAUUGGCAACAUACCCGCCGAUCCUACCCUCUUCGGCGCGGACCUGUUCUACGCCAGGCACUUGCACAGGAACAAUUUUGUCUUGUGGUGUUCGCCGACGGAGAAACCGGACUUGGGCGGCAGUGAGAACGACGACAACAGAUUGCUGACGGAUUUCGAAGAGAGCUCCAGUUGCGCCGCGAAUAAUCCCGGCACGUAUUCCAGCGUGUGCGUUCAGCUGGAUGUGGAGAGCUUGGCGGUCAACGCGUUGCUGCAGUAUCAUCACAUUCACGACAUAGACGGAACUAGCACAUUCGUGGCCUUCCAUAAUCAGCAACGUCCUUCCGUUCAGGACAUAGUGACAGGUGAUGCCGCGACGAUUAUUCCCAGCUACGACGAAAUUACUUUAUGCAAUCCGGCGUUUAAGACAUUGCGAAGUAUGGUGAAUGCGUGGUUACUCGAAGUAUCCGUCUAUAAGAACGUAUUUGCCGAUUAUCAAUUGAUUCACUUUUAUCGAUGGCUGAGAUCUUCGAAUGCUUUGCUUUACGAUCCUGCUCUACGUCGUACGCUACACACGUACAUGAAGAAAUUGUAUAUACAAUUGAUAGCGGAGUUUAAGACAUUAGGUUGCAUCGUGGUUUUUGCGAACUUCAAUAAGAUCAUCAUGUGUACGCGAAAGAGAUCGGUGACCGACGCUUUAAGUUACAUGGAAUUUGUUGUUCAAACAAUACGAAACAAGGAAUUGUUCCACAGUAUUGAAAUUACAUUCGACCAAUGUUGGGAAUAUUUAGUAUGGCUUGACUUGCAUAAUCACGCUGGUAUUAAAGGAUUAAUAGCGAAAGAAAAUGACGCUAACAAUAGUACAGAGGAAAGCGGAAAUAAUACCACUGAAAAUGAUAAGGAUGACACGCCUGAAAUAGUGAUGAACUGGAGUUUGAUGGAGUGUCUACCGAAGGGAGCAGGAUGUCAAGCGAGUUUCAAUGCCGUAGUUGCGGGAUAUAUAAAUGCAGUAUAUCAGUAUAUGGUCGAAAAUGAAGUUAAUAAAACUACAAGACCGAGAAGAAGACAGAGCCAAAGCCAGUCUUUCACAAUGCCGCUUGGUUUAGGAGCAUUGGAAAAUACAGCAGAGUUUGCGAAGAAGUUGAUUUCCGGAGAAAUGUCACAAAAAUUAUUCAAAAUAACACAAAAAAUAUAUCGUAAUUUACCGGAGAAAGUAUUGUCUCUCGAAGAAUAUCCGAAUUUAGAUAUGGGUGGGAAAGAGAGUAUAAAGAUUAAUCCCGCCCUUGAAUUAAUCAAAGCAAUAUGCAAGGUUUUAUCUUUAGAUAAAGAAGUUGAAAACGAGGUUUAUAACUUGAAAUCAAAUCUCUUACGAUUGAUCGGAGUCGGCAGUCAUAGCGACAGCGUCGAUUGGAAAGAGCCAUGUAUCUCUCUUAUUUUAUCGGAAGUUAUAUGCAAGGCGUGUAACCACACGAGAGAUAUUGAUCUUUGUAAAGAUCAACAUUAUACAAUUGAAAAUAACAAGCAUAUAUGGAAAUGUCCUAUUUGUGAGACUUCUUAUGACAAUGCGGAAAUAGAAUUUUUAUUGAUCGACAGACUGAAUCGCAAGAGUAUGGGUUAUGUGCUGCAAGAUUUACAAUGUCAAAAGUGUAAAGGGAUCAAGCGUGAGAACAUGAGUAUGCAGUGCUCUUGCUCCGGUUUAUAUGGAAAUUUAAUCCCACAAGACGAAAUAACAACAUUUGUAAAUGUAUGUAAAUCUAUAGCAAGCAAAUGUAAAAUGAAUAUUCUGGCAGAGAUAGUAGAAAACACAAAACUCUUUACCAAUUAGUAAACGAGUCCAAGUAGUUUUAUACUAUUAAUUAAACAUAGAGAGAUUAUAUUGUCAAGC